UUAAAAAAUUGGUGACAAGUUACCUGAACAUAACACAUAAUUUUGAUGUUAAUUUAGCUGCAAUUUUACCCAGAAUGACCCCGCUAAUCCUCCAAGAAUGUGCCCCUUCUGACCCCAAUCAAAAAUGGGUAUGUGACCCCUCUAACCCUGGACGAGUUCACCCAUUGCAUUCUUCAUUAUAUAUUAAUAUUGGGGACACAGACUCCAAUCGUGCUGUUGCUUACCGUUACUCUGAUCCAGGCUCAAUACUGUUCUCACACCUUUGGAAAGCACGGAACGCUCUGAACAAACUUAGCUUAUUAUCCAUAUGCGCAUUACACACAAACAAAUGCCCAGCUUUUGUUACACCACCUCAUUCCAGUGCCGUGCCAGAUAUAUGUGAUGGUAAAACCUUGAUAAAUGUGAACACAGUAUGCACAGUUACGUGCGACCCAGGGUACAUGUUCACUGCACAUAGAAGUGAUUCACUAACAUACACAUGCGAGUCUGACAAGCAGUGGACAUACCAUGCCACAGCAGUAUGCAGUAAGCCAUGCCCUGCCCCAAGUCCAAGUCCCAAUUUAGUAUUUGACCCACCAGCGUGUGGGGAUGGGUUUGCAACUUUCAAAGAUACCUGUAUCUUUCAAUGCGACCCGGGAUACGACAAAAUAGGCUCCAGUUUUGCGAUUUGUGGGGCUGAUGGUCUCUGGUCCACCAGCCCCCCUUUUUGUACCCGGAUUUGCCCCCAUUUACCCCCUACCAGUGCUCACCCAUCUGCGAACCAAACUAUCUACGCAACUCCUGAAAACUGUGACUACGAUAAUGAUAAAUAUGGUUCUGUUGUAACUGUUGGCACCCAAUGUAAACAUGUAUGCCCCCCACCCUACUUGCCGCAUACUUCACUCAUAAGGACUUGCAUGGCUGAUAAGACCUUUGAUCGUUCUGUGCCAGAGUGUUACAUACCUGUCUCCGUUGGUCUUGCUUACAACCCCUUAUUGUGCCCUGAACCCCCUCCCCACCCGCAAGCACUUGGAUUCCUCAUUGAAGUCGCCUCAUGCACCCUGCCCGACAACACUGUACGACAGUGUGCAUGGUAUGGUUGUACUGCUGAAUACAUGAUUCCAACAGACAAUGCAAUUCACUGCUUGGCUAAUAUAUAUACUUGGCCAGAUCCCCCUACCUGUAAAAGGCGAUGUCGUGCCAUAAGUCCUCAAUGUGCGGAAAUGUCCGAGGGUGAUGUGUGUGCCAUCGAGUGUCCAGUGAGUCAAUUGUUGUCGCACGGUAACGGUCGUCUUGUUUGUAAUGCUGAUGGAACAUGGAGUGACAAUAUGCCUUACUGCGUUCAAAAGCCUCAAUUUUGGAUUACCAACAUCCUCCGAUCGAACAUGAGCAAGUUCUGUCUUUUCCACUCUUCCCGUAUCAGUGUUGAUCCCUACCUCCGACUAAAAGACUGCUCCCUAGCAUCCAAGUUUGAUCCUGAUUAUCUUUGGUCUUGGGAUGGGAUGUGGUCACUCCGUCAUAAAUCCAGCAGUUACUGUUUAUCUGUACAAUCUAUUGCACAUGGAGCAAGACUUAUCCUGAGUGAAUGCAACCCACCGCAACAACUCCAACAAUGGAAAGGUUCAGGUGAUCCACAUCAUCCUUAUCGUAUUCAGUUGAAAUCUAAUGAAAAAUACAUAUGGAAAUCAGGCUUUGGCACAACUGGUCCUAUCCUUAUUCACACUGAUUCAUUACUAUACCACCACCCAACACUGGGUGUUGCCCAUUCUUUAUCAUGGGUAUCCUUUAAUGAGAGUGAAACAUACAAGGCACUCCACGCCAUGCAUUAUACUGGUAAUGCAUGCCCACCUCUUGCCUCUGUGGUUUCUCCAGGUGGAAGACUAUUACCACACUCCUGUACCGAUGAUUGGUCACCAAUAAACCAGGUAUGUACAUUUGAAUGUGGGGAAGGCUAUGCUAAAGAUUACUUUACACCUACCAAAACAACAUGCUUGAAAACUGGUGUUUGGUCAGCCAUCAAUUUUGACUGUGACCGGGCAUGUCCAGACUUGUCCCCUCCAUUUCGUGGUCAAAUCAGUGGUUGUGGUGAUGGUGUGAAAACUGUUGGCACAUCAUGUGAUGUUUCAUGUGAAUAUGGUCAUGAACUGGUGGGUAGCACGACAAGGGUUUGUCAAUGGGAUGGGAGAUGGUCUGGAACGGAUGCUGAAUGCGAUGUGCCUUGUCCUACAUCGCCACCUGUUGCCAACUCUGAACUUUUACCACCGGAGUGCGCCACACACCCCGGAACCCUCCUCGCUGGGGCCGUGUGUAACUACGAGUGCUUAGAGGGAUACCAAGUGGAGGAAAACCCAGGCGUGACGAAACUAUCGCGAAUGUGUUUUCAGAACGGAACGUGGUCUUCACCUGCACCAGUAUGCGUGAGAGUGUGCCCACCACAAACAGACCCUCCAAAUGGCAGGCGUCACUAA